UUUUAUUAGCAUGAUACUUAUCAUGCUUAUGUUUAUAAGCUGUUUUUUAUACAUAUCAAGUAUAUACCAGUUCUAUUGAUGUUCAUAAAUAAUCUUUUUGUUAAAUGCAGCAAAUCUGGUCUGGUGAAUGACAUGGUGGUUCUUUCAGCCAGACCCAAGGAAAGAAGACUGGCAGACAGGGUCGGGUACCCGCAGAUAGUUGCUGAAACGGGUGGAUUUUAAUGUUCUGGAAUUUUGCAGGCGGGACCAACUUGUAUAAGGGAGUAAGUUCACCUCUGCCUGAUCUUUCCGUACUCAAAGUGGAUGAGAUCUACAGUGGCCUUCCCCCUGAUGUUGCUCCACUCAUAACAAUGAUGGCUGUAUCCUCAGAUGUACCUUUGGUUGAUUCAGCGUUUGGGAAAGUGCAAGAAGGAAAUGUUUUGUCAUACCACUUGCCAGUUAGGAGUCCCCCAAAAACCCAUCCAUACACAGAUGCCCCUUUUCCCCUACAGCUGCCACUUAAACACUACAGAUUAGGACCACCUUCUUGUUCUUUUGUUUACACUGAACAUCAGCAACUCCACAUGAAUUCCCUACAAACAUCCCUACACACAGCACACAAGGUAGAGAGCAACACGCGGAAGCAGUGUUUCAGCAACGAGUGCCACCAACUAAGUUGGGCUCGUGUCACCGCCUCCAAAUUCAGAGAGGUCUGUCACACCAGGGGGCAAAGCUCUGCUGAAAAUCUAGCAAAAAGGCUCCUGAAGCCAAGCUGUCAGACUGCAGACAUGAGGAGGGGGCUGGAGAUGGAACCUGCAGCAGUAGAAGAGUACCGCAGAGUAAUGGAAGUUAACCACUAUCCCUGUGGCUUCCUUAUCCACCCAGAUGCACCAUGGAUGGGGUCUACACUAGAUGGGAUUGUGUAUGAUCCAAAGGAGCAGCCAGUGUUUGGCCUUCUUGAAAUUAAAUCCCCAAAUUUGCAGAGCUAUGUGGACUGCCCAUAUAUAAAGAUCUGUGAGGGCACACAUACUAAGGAAAUCCCAUCCUUACUUCUGGCAGGUCCAGGGUCAGAUGCUCACUUCUGGCUUUGACUGGUGUGACUUUAUGGUUUAUGCACAAGAUGACAUGUUCAUCCAGAGGAUCCCCAGAGAUGAGGAAAUGAUGAAAACUAUUAAAGAAAAAGUUGACUAUUUCUUUUUUUUAUUUUUACCUCCACACUUCCCUCUGCAAAUAGGACUGUUUCGUAAUGAAUGUGUUGUAAUUUGGCAUUCGAAAUGUUGAAUUUAAUUAGAUUGUAGUAUGGCAAAUGAACAACGUUGCACAAGUGGAAUCUGUUUUUUGUCUUGUGUAAACUGCAACACAACUGAGAGGUGGGUAAGUAAAAAACCUGAUAGUAAUAAGUUGAACAAAGUGAAUUUAUUUUAAUAAAUCAACAGUAGUAAUUUGAAAUUGACAAAGAA